CAUGGCGGGAGUAACGCUUACAUUCAGUUCGCAACAACCGCACCAGGCAGUGUCUCUUGAGAAGUGAGUGUUGUGCUCGUUUUUGUUUAACUUAUUUUAUUUUAUUAAAAGUGAUAGUCGAUUCUAGUCAACCACCCUAAACACCAUAAAUAUCACACGGGAAGAUGAAGUGUUACGUUAGCUUUCUGUGCAUUUUGAGUCUUUUCUUUGCCAUCAGUCAUGCGGCGCCCGCAAUAUCAGCAGCCAUAGGAAGUCAGGGUUCAGGAGCUGUUGAUCCAACGGAAUUGUUGAUGAGGAUUUCUGAUAAAUUCAGCCAAAAUAUACAGAUAUUAAGACGAUUUUGCCCCCCGCUAUUUCAGAUAAUCGAUAACGUUGUUCAAAAUGUAACAAGUCAACUCUUCAGUGUAGUUGGACGUGUAGUUUUAAGAAGCGGUUUAGGAGGAGGUUUAGGUGGUGGUGGUGGAGAAAGUAUGGUUUCCGUCGUUUUACCAACAUUCCCACCAGAUGAUGACGAAGAAAGCACCGAAGUGAUGGAAGUAAGCACAAUACCAGAACAACCAGUAUUAAUAGAUGAAUCUUAUGUUAGAAGAAUUGAUUCUGAACCCACAACUCAAGCAUCAAUAAUUUUACCUCCAGCACCAAUUACAACAAAUCAAGCACCAAUUACAUCAUCGUCUCAAGCACCAAUAGAAUUACCAUUAAGUGUCAACGAAAUUAGAGUAGAUUCUGAUGAACAGGCACUUUACACUAGUAAGGUUCCCAUUGCCAAUACGAUUAAUAUAAGAUUUGAUAAUGAUGACCCUGAAGAUAUUACCACUUCAUCAUCAAUUCAUAAAAACGAAAAUAAAACGGAUUCGGCUUUGGAAGAUCGGAUAGCGUCUAUAUAUAAAGGACUCGAAUUACAGGAUACAAAAGAUAUAAUUGAAACCUUCCCCGCGCCCGAAAAUGACGACUUAAGCAUAAAAGUUGUCCAAGAAGGGGAAAUCGUCAAUCAAAUAUCAUUAACGGUAUUAUUAUUAAAAAAAAGCUUUGUAAAUAACGCUAUUAUUGAUCUAAUUCGUUUACUAACGACAUCUCUUAAACAAAUAGCACAAAUCACUUUCUCUUUUUCAUUUAUCAACUUGAAACUUUUUACUUAAAACAUAAAAUUUUAACCUUAAA